AGCCAAACUGCAUUCGGUGAUUCAGUUGACGGUGAGCAGAGAUCCAGACAGGUAGUGCGUCCUCUCUUGGCCAGCGAUCGCGCGGUAGUCAGUGCUCGGUGAUCGUGCGAUACCUCCUGCCCCUGUUGCAUGCGUGUCCAACCCGAAUUCCGGUGGUGGCGAAGAACCCGUUUCGAGGUUUGAAAACGGCGGCCAACAACAACCAACGGUUCGCGAGUGUGUUGGUGCGGUUUGAGUAGUUGGGGCUCCAACCCAUUUAUUUGCGGAUCGAUCGCGCGGGGUGUUUGGGGAGCGUGGUGGCAGAAGAGAAAUCGGAAGUCAAUAGACUCUUUUUAUUUGCGGUGUCCGCUAUGCGAUAUCGACGAUGAUCGAGAAGAUGCCGUUUGGAUGACCUGUGGGAGCGUUGUUUGGAUUUGAACUGUGUCAAAUUGUUUUGAUUGGCAAUUAGUGCGUGGUGGAAGAAAUGGACGUGAAGUGAGCUGUGCAGCAAACGCAAGAACAAAGAGAAGCCACGAUCGGCAUGCGAUCGCAUGUGGCUCGGUAGUGGCUUGUGAUAAUAAGUGGUUGUUGGUGUCAAUGAAACCUUCGAAGAAAGAAAUUGAGGAAGUGCGUGAUUUACGACCAAGGCUGUUAGUGUUUUGAGUGAGGAUUUCGCUUUCACCGUCAAUCAUGUCCUCGGGGAAGCGAUCAAGCACGGAAUUGACGACAUCCGCGGAAGAUGAGCGGCCACAUAGUUUCUACGACAACAUCACCGCCGGUGGGUCGUCCUCUGGCACAAAACCCAUUCACAUACCGGAUAUUCAGUUUAAGUUUGACGACGAGAUCCCAAUUACGACCGAUCCACGACGAUCAGCGCUGCUGAUGAGUAAUGCCAAGUCGGACUUUUUUGGGUUUCCCCAAGUUCCGCUAGCCGUAUUGGAAGACGUCACUGACGCAUCAUCAAAGGAGGAUCCCACCGAUGAGACGCAGCAAUUAAUCGACAAUCAAGAUCGGAGUACACCCCCUGCGACGAUCGUACCUCCUGUGGCGUCCUCCCCGUCGUCUACCACCAGCACAGCUCCAGCGCGAUCCACCGAGUCUCCGGGCCCGUCAGAGUCGCCCAAAUCUCGUCCAGUAUCGAGUCAACGGAACAUUACCAUAAAACUGCCAGACGCCGGAACGCCUUCUGAGGCCGUCUACAUGACCACCACCGUCCCGCAGAACUUCUCCAAAAACGCCAACAACCUGAUAGGGCGACACAAACCCACCCGCAGCAGCCUGCGACACAGCCGGAUGCUGGUGGUGAACAAGAGCAUUCCCCAGCGGUACCCGAAGGGCAACUCGCUCAACCUGAAGCACAUCCGCCUGAGCCGGAUACUGAUGGUCCUGGAGAUCAUCGUCGGUACGAUACUUACCCUGGUCGGGAUGACCAUCAUCGUGUGGUCCCCGAACACCCAAACCAAGGACAACCCGUACUGGGCGGGCAUGAUUCUAACCGUGUGCGGUUCCUUGUUCCUUAUUUUAUUUGAUUUCAAGCGACGACCGUCGAACCGGCUGCGGGAGAAUUUCUUCAACUUUAUCCGCGUGAACGCGAUGGUCAUACUGCUGUUGACGAUCUUCUUCACCAUGCUGGCAUUCAUCUACGCGUUGAUCCACACGACCAACCUGAGCUCCGAGCAUUUGCGGUGCGCGCCGGAGUACAGAUUUAACGUGAAUUCGUCCAGCUGUGUGUGCUUGAUCGAUACUCGGGGGAUAUCGACCGCGGAGGCCGCCAGUGAGUUGAGAAGUGGGAAGGAGCUGGAAGAGGAGCAGGAUGGCGGGAGAAGCAAUGAUACCGUAGAGAUCAGCCGUCACCUGGUGAGUGGGCUGGAUUUGAGGCGAACCGGGGAGAUGCUGGAGGAGGAAGGUGUUAUUUGGCUGGAAUAUCGCGAUUUCAACUGUAGCGAGGUGCUCAACAUGGUCUACUACAUCGCACUUUCGUUUGCGAUCUUGAGUAGUCUGGGGUGCCUGUUCGCAUCAAGUUUCCUGGUGAUCUAUGGGAUCGAGUUCCAGCGGCGGAACGAGCAGGAUCAGAGGUACUACACCGUUCGUACGAAUGGCGAUGCAUCAUCGGCGGUGUCUUCCAACAGAACUGAUCAGAGGAAGAGUGAAGAACCGGUAUCCACGACCGCUGCCACUGGUGAUGCGACGGCAACAGUUCAGGAUGCCGGUGGUGGAGAAUCGACCGUUUCCAAUGGAAACAUGACAAGCAUGACAGAAAGGGAGGAUGACAAGACGAAGGGGUAGUGAUAUGGACUAUUUGAGGGUAAUUGUGUUAAAGUAUUAUCGGAACGAAAUGAAUUCGUUUUAAAUUAAUUGAAACUAAAA